AUGCCGUUAGCUCACAAUUUAAAUAAGGUGAGCAAAAACUUGUCCAAGUCCACUGGAUCAAUGCACAUAAAGGGACGAAAGUUCAAACAACUAAAUCGAGCCACUGUGCGAGACAAGAAACUUAAAUUGCAAAAAGUUGAAAGCGUCGAAAAGAAGCUGAACGAGUUGCUCAUCGUCUCCUUCCUACAAGAGCAAAUUGUUAACGAUGACAACAAGCCAAGCUAUACCUUAUCAGAAAUACAAGACUUGAUCGAAAGCUUUAUUGGCCAAGAUCGACAACGAUUAAAUGAAGUCAAACAAGAGCACAGAAAGGGAAGACCAAUAUCCACCAAGCAGAAGUUGCUUGCGGAAAAGUUGAAACACGAGGAGCAUCUAUUUGCAACGGGUUAUAAGAUACCCGAUCUAAGCCAUGAGGAAACUGUAACUCGGUUGAGAAAUUGGAACGGCACAACAGGGGCAACCACCGGGUUUAAGUUUGUUCAUGUUUCCAAAGACAUGAAGGAGUUUCCAACGGUGGAAGUAGAGAUGAAGGAGUAG